AAAACAAUGUCAUCUCAUUGUUAUACUGACCUAAGUGCCCAAGAGUUAUCUGUACUCUCUUCUGCUUUUUCUUCUCUUUCACCCUCGUGAUUUCUUUUCAUUUGGCUUUUCUGGUUUAGUUCUGGUGUUUCCUAAUGAGACCGGAUAAUCUGACUUCUCCCUUUUAAUUUCUUCGUUAAUCCAUUUGGGUUUUCAUAUAUCUGCCUGGCCCUAAUUCUGAAUCUCCAGCACCAUGGCUCCCAACCAGUCCAUCGUUGAAGAGGUUACCGGCUGGCUGCGUGUUUUCGCUGAUGGUACAGCCGACCGCACCUGGACCGGACCGCCGGAGGUUGAGUUCAUGAUGAAACCCGUUCCACCUCAUCGAGAAUUCGUUGAUGGAGUUGCAACUCACGACGUGGUGGUCGAUACAAACAGCGGUCUCGCCGUUCGGAUUUAUAUCCCGGAAAAGAACAUGAUCGAUACCCAGGACAAGAACAAGCUUCCCCUCCUCCUUCAAUUUCAUGGGGGCGGCUUCUGCAUCAGCCGUGCUGAUUGGUUCAUGUACUACCACUUCUAUGCACGCCUCGUGCGCACGGCACGAGCCAUCUGUGUCUCUGUCUACCUUCCACUCGCUCCCGAGCACAGGCUCCCAGCUGCAUGCGAUGAAGCUUACGCUGCCUUCCGUUGGCUUCUUGCCGUGGCUCGGGGUGAAUCUUCGGAACCGUGGCUCGAGACUUACGCUGAUUUUGCACGAGUCUUUCUCGUCGGGGAUAGCACAGGUGGGAAUUUGGUGCAUCAAUUGUCGGCAAGAACAGGGGAUACUGAUACAGACCCCGUCCAUCUCUCGGGAGGUGUACUUUUACACCCGGGCUUUCUAAGAGCCGAACCGAGCAAGUCAUUUUUGGAAACACCCGAAACGCCAUUGCUAACACGUGAAAUGGUGAAUAAAUUCAUCGGCUUGGCAUUGCCUAUUGGGAGUACGAAGGAUCAUCCGAUUACGUGCCCAAUGGGCUCGCUGGCGCCCCCGCUCGCCGGCCUUAAGCUGCCUCCGUUUCUGGUUGUGGUGGCGGAGAAUGACCUCCUUCGAGACUCGGAGUUGGAGUAUUGCAAGGCCAUGGAGGCGGCCGGCAAGGACGUAGAGGUUUUGAUGAAUCAUGGGAUGGGUCACAGCUUCUAUUUCAACAAGUUAGCCAUUGACAUGGAUCCGGAGACUGCGGCUCAAGCGGAUAAGCUAAUUGAAGCAAUUACAAACUUUAUUAGCAGGCAUUAGUACGGCUUGAGGUCGGCCUUCUCGGAUAAGGUUUCCAAAGCAUAAGGUAUAUGAGAGAAAUAGAGGCAUAAAAUGGAGCAUUUAGUAGUGUCAUUAUAAAUAUUCUGAGUAAUAUUGAAAUUUGAAUGAACAAUUAAUAAUAUUGUAAUGCACACUUCAUGCGUUUAUCUCUCUCAUUUAAUAUUUUCUAGUGCUAUGCUUCGAUCCGAUCGUAUGGUUAAUUAAAAUAAAAGUUCUGUUA